AUGUCGUCAAUUAUUGCUUAUGUGUUGGUUCUCAUCACUUGCACCACCAUUUUCCAAAUCCCUCCUACAUGCAAGGCCGAUGAUAUUGAACUCGAAACCUACAUUGUUCAAUUAACUUCACCCCAAGGCCAAGAGUUUUCACAGCCACGAGACCUUGAAGAGUGGUACAAGUCACUUCUCUUCUCUGAAACUGUUGUUUCAGUCUCAAAUGAGAAACCAAUCAUGAUUCAUAUGUACCACCACGUGAUUACUGGAUUUGCUGCAAAAAUGUCGGCGCAACAAGCAAAGGCGAUGGAGAAUAUGACGGAAGUUUUAUCUAUAAGGUCCGAGAGUAUGGAUGCAGCUAUCGAAGACGGUGUUGAUGUGCUUUCAGUUUCACUUGGUGGACCUUCCAGCCAAUUCUACGAAGAUAUUAUUGUUAUCGCCUCCUUUGCUGCCAUGCAGAAAGGGAUCUUUGUGAGUUGUUCCGCUGGUAAUUCCGGGCCUUAUAAUUCAACAUUAUCCAAUGAAGCGCCAUGGGUACUUACCGUUGCGGCUAGUACGAUUGACAGGAGAAUAAGGACGACAGUUUAUCUUGGAAACAACAAGUCAUACGAUGGAGAGUCGUUAUACCAACCCAAGAAUUUCAACCAUAAGUUCCGACCUCUUGUUUACCCUGGAAAAGAUGGCAAACUUGUUGAUGUGAAGGGGAAAGUUGUAUUUUGUGAUGGUUCGAGAAGGUGUACGAGCGAACAUGUAAAGGCAGCAGGAGGAGCUGCCGUGAUACUUGCUAAUGAUAAACAUUUCGGCGAGACAACAAUAGCAGAGGCUCAUGUUCUUCCAGCAUCGGAUGUGGGUUACGGGGAAGGAAUUGAGAUAAAAAAGUAUUUAAAUUCGACUUCUUCCCCUGUAGCCACUAUCCUUUUUCAUGGAACUGUACUCGGCAUAAAUACGGCUCCUGAGCUGGCUUCUUUCUCCUCGAGAGGGCCUAACUCUGCAAGUCCUGGAAUCCUGAAACCAGAUAUUACUGGACCCGGGGUUAACAUUCUUGCAGCUUGGUCCAAGUCAGAUGAUAACAAUACAAGAAACAAGGCGCACUUCCACGUCACAUACGGCACGUCCAUGUCUUGUCCUCAUCUAGCGGGGGUAGCAGCACUUAUGAAAAGAGAACACCCGGAUUGGUCUCCUGCUGCUAUCAAGUCUGCAAUAAUGACAACCGCGAGUCAAGUCAGCCUAAACAACCACGCGAUUGUAGACCAAAGUGACCCAAGACUGCUUCCUACAGAUGUGUUUGGCAUUGGCUCGGGUCACGUGAACCCAUCUAAAUCCAACGAUCCAGGGUUAGUCUUUGACAUCCAACCUAGCGAUUACAUUCCGUAUCUGUGUGGGUUAGGCUAUACUCAAAAACAAAUCGAGUUGAUCACAAAUAAGAAAGUCUCAUGCUCAAAAACCAUCCCGGAGGCACAACUCAACUAUCCUUCUUUUGCGGUUUCACUAAAAAGAGGUGACAGCAAAACAUACUCAAGGACGGUGACUAAUGUUGGUAUGUCAAACUCAACUUACACCGUCGGGGAAAUUCAUGUGCCACACGGUGUAAAACUUGUGGUCAGCACUGGCACUGACACUGGAUUCGGUCUUUCUCAAGUACAUGAGCUCAGCUUCACAGCAGUGCAGCAGAAGGUGACGUACAGUAUAACCUUUUCUCGAGAUGCUACGGCUGAGGUGAAUGGUCCUUACAGCCAAGGCCAUAUGACUUGGGUUUCGGGUCAAUACUCGGUUCGGACACCGUUUUCAUUCAAGUUUGAAUGA